AAGAAAAAGAUAAGUUAGGGUUAGGGUUAGGGUUUCAAGUUAGCAAUGGACAAUGCAGGAGCUAGGGAGAUAGGGAAGAUAGAUUUUGACGCCGGAAAACCUCCGCCGUUCCGUAUAUCAGAUAUCCGAGAAGCGAUACCGAAACACUGCUGGGAAAAAAAUGCAUGGAAAUCUAUGAGUUAUGUUCUUCGGGACAUCAUCUUCAUCGUGUUUUUCGCCGUAUUUUUUCUUUGGAUUGAUGUUUGGUUUGCAUGGCCUAUUUACUGGCUUGCUCAGGGUACCAUGUUUUGGGCUUUGUUUGUUCUUGGCCAUGAUUGUGGACAUGGGAGCUUUUCAGAGAGUGUGAAGAUGAACAAUUUAGUGGGACAUUUCUUGCAUUCAUUUAUCUUGGUUCCUUAUCAUGGAUGGAGGAUAAGUCACAAAACUCAUCAUCAGAAUCAUGGGCAUGUUGAGAAGGAUGAGUCUUGGCAUCCUUUAACUGAGAAGCUGUACAGAAGCUUGGAUUUUGCCACUCGGAAGCUUAGAUUCACCAUUCCUUUCCCAUUGUUUGCAUAUCCUGCUUACUUGUGGUGGAGAACUCCAGGAAAACAAGGAUCACACUUCCAUCCAGACAGUGAUUUAUUUCAUCCUAAAGACAGAAAAGAUGUAAUAACAUCGACUUUGUGUUACAUGGCCAUGGUUAUACUACUUACCGGGGCCGCAUUAGUCUUCGGCCCCGGCUUUAUACUUAAAUUAUAUGUUGCACCGUAUUUUGUCUUUAUCAUGUGGUUGGAUUUGGUGACUUAUUUGCAACACCAUGGUUACCAUGAAAAGCUACCUUGGUACAGAGGCAAUGAAUGGAGUUACUUGAGAGGGGCAUUGACAACACUUGACAGAGACUAUGGUUGGAUAAAUAACAUUCACCAUGAUGUUGGAACUCAUGUUAUUCAUCAUAUCUUCCCACAAAUUCCACAUUACAAUCUCAUCGAAGCUACGAGAGCUGCGAAACCGGUGUUGGGAAAAUAUUACAGAGAACCGGAGAAGUCAAGGCCUCUUCCAGUGCAUUUGUUUGGGGUGCUUGUAAAAAGCAUGAGAAUUGAUCACUUUGUUAGUGAUGUUGGAGAUGUUGUUUACUAUCAAACUGAUCCUAAUUUGCAUGGUAAUCAUCAUGCUAAACAGCAGAAGCAGAAGCAGACCUUGGUAAAUAACAAGCUUUAUUGAACAUUAAUUAAACUCAUUUAGUUUUAUGUCAUUCUUCAUUGUCUUUGUAUG